UUCAGAAGUGGCCUGGCUAUGGAACUUCUAGCCUUGCAAAACCAAACCAAGAUGGCAGUUUCCGGCUAUGUUGUAUACAUUGCCUUCACGCUCAUUUUACUUCGUUUUCUACUUCGUUUCCUUGAUAACAGUGGCCUUCCCCGGAGCUGGCCACUUAUUGGCAUGCUUCCCACAAUGCUUCUCCACUUUCAUCGGAUGCAUGAAAUAGUUCCUGAAGUCCUGGAAAAAUGCAAGGGCACUUAUAUGUACAAAGGAAUCUGGUUUACCAAUACAAGUUUCCUUGGUACAUGUGAUCCUGAGAAUGUGCGCUACAUAAUGAGCACAAACAGUUCAAUAUAUCCGAAAGGAUCCGAAUGGAUGAAGCAAUUUGAUAUUUUCGGAGAAGCGCUUUUCAAUUCCGAUGGUGAGGCAUGGAAAAGCCAAAGGAAAAUUUUCCAUGCCUUCUUGAACCACCCACAGUUCCACAAAUCAAUGGCAAAGCUCAUUCCGGAUCGUAUAGAGCAAGGGCUUAUUAAAGUACUAGAGCAUGUUUCUAAAGGAGACCUGGUAGUGGAUUUGCAAGAUUUGUUAGCGAGGCAUGCGUUUGAUAUCGCUUGCAUGAUGGCUACCGGAAGUAACCCUCAGCUGCUGUCUCUUGAAUAUCCUAAAAACCGAUUCCACGAUGCCAUGAGUGAUGCUUGGGAGACGGCGUUUUAUCGGUAUAUCAUGCCUGACAACCUGUGGAAGCUGCUAAGUUGGCUUCAGAUUGGAAAAGAGAAGAGACGAAGCCGUGCUUGGAAAGCUCUGGACGAUCUCCUAGCAGAAUAUAUAUCGCUUCAACGCGAAAAAUCCAACAAAGCAAUGGCAUCGAACGAUGAUGAAGAGAAUUUCAAUUUCUUAAAGUGUUACUUGACAGGAAAUGAGGUGACAGGACCAACACCACGUGAUAGCGUAAUAAGGGACAACCUUAUACAUAUUAUGUUUGCCACUGAUGACACCAACAGUACUGUUCUCUCUUGGUUCUUCUAUCACCUCUCCAAGAACCCUUCGGUUGAGACUAAAAUCAGAGAAGAAUUGGAGAAAAACUUGUCAACCAAAAAGGUGGGGGAAUGUCAACUACCAUCGUCCUUAAACGAGUUGAAUAAGCUGGCGUAUCUCCACGCGACUUUAUGUGAAACACUAAGGUUAUGUCCGCCAGUUCCUUUUGAAUUUAGGACAGCUACUCAAAAGAACAUUCUUCCAACUGGCCAUUGCCUCGAUAAAAACACAAGAGUCGUAAUGGCCAUACAUGCAAUGGGAAGGAUGACAUGGUUAUGGGGAAAGGAUUGCAAUGAAUUCAAGCCCGAAAGGUGGAUCACUGAGGAAGGAAAGAUUAAACGUGAGCUGCCAAGCAAAUUCUUAGCCUUCAAUGCUGGACCAAGGAUCUGUCUGGGAAAAGACUUGGCUUUCAUUGUAAUGAAGGCUACGGCAGCGGCAAUAAUUCACAACUAUAAUGUCCAUGUGAUUGCAGGUCAGAAAGUGACUCCAAAACACAGCAUAAUUCUUCACAUGAAGCAUGGCUUAAUGGUUAGAAUUAAGAACAGGUGGGCGUGAGCUUUACUACUACUACUACUACUACUGCUGCUGCUGCUGCUGUUUGCAAGGCUUGGUGGCUUUACAUCAAAGGGUCGUCUCUGAUGAAUCGUCACAAUAGAAAGUGUGUUCUUGUAUCUCAUUUCUUAGGUACUGUGUAUUUAUAAAACCUGUUUUCCAAUAAAAGGUUAAACUUCAAUAACA